AUUUUGUUCCUCAGCAAUAUUUUACAUUUUUUUCAGUGGAGCUGACGAGUGAAUACAGCCAACAGGUGGAAGACACAAUGCAAACCACCACGAUGAUUUCAUUGCAAAGCAGUAAGGUGCACGUUUCCAGUUCGUCCGGCUUUGCACUGGCGGCAUUUGUUCGCGAUCAGUGUAACGCUCUCAAAAAACCCUACAAGUACGAGUUUGCCAUUCCAUUCUGGAUUCAGCGCAUGCACGUGUUGCCCGGAAAUAAAACACUUUAUUGUCCUGUCGAGAAAGUUGCGACCACGUUUUGGCGAAGAGUCAUCUACCAAGCCAAUCAUAGAAGUGUGAUAAGACACCCGUAUCAGGUCUCGAUAUACAUGGCACUGAGUCAGAACUUUCACUAUCCAGAUAAGGAACAAUCUGCAGAAACACUAAAAAGUGACUUUAAAUUCUUUUUUGUAAGAAAUCCUUUCCAUAGAAUAUUAUCUGCAUAUAUUGAUAAAAUUUUUGUUCCUAAUCCACAGUUUUGGGAUCAGUUUGGAAGACAUUCUAUUCAAAUGUUUAGGAAGAAUGAUUCUAGAUUGUGUUACCAUGACGCCACGUUCUCCGAGUUUGUUCAAUUUGUCGUCUGGUCAGUCGGACACUUGAAGAACAUUGAUCCUCAUUUCUUACCAGCCACAGAAAUGUGUGUGCCGUGCACAAUGGAUUAUUCAUUUAUAGGCAAAAUGGAAUCGUUCAGCGAUGAUAUUUACCCAGUGCUAGAGAAAAUACAGUUAGGCACAGCGAUUCCUGUACUGAAAGAAGACUUAAAUGAAUUUUCCAAUAUAGAUGCUUUGCAAGACAGCAUCUUCAGUCCCUAUGGCUGGAAAUUAGAGAUUCUACAGUGUAUGAGCUGGUACGAAGCAUUGCGGAGAGUUUGGAGAAAACUACAAAUGCGGGGACUUAUUGACGUGGAUCAUAAAUUCCUUCUAGAUAAAAAAGCAGCUGAAAAACUCAGCAAAGAAAACUUUCUAGAAAUAGCGAAAAGAGCAUGGAAAGAAUCUGACGUCAACAAACUAAAGAAACAGAAGAUAGAUGUGUUUAUUGAAAUGUACCGUUCAGUUCCGAUAAAUGUUCUAAAAAAGUUCGUGACCGCUUACAAAAUAGACUUUCAUUUAUAUAAUUAUGAUCCUUCACCUCAAGAAAUAUUUAACAGAACACUUUCUUACACUCGGCACAAUUUUGCAGAUUUUAGAAAUUGAAAUGUUUAGGUUUGAAUAGCGAAGUCUAAGAAAACGAAAACAAGAAAACAAUUCUGCUUUUUAUGUGAUCACUUAUUAUAAGGGUAUUGACAACAUUGCAAAUUUGUAAAUAUUCAUCCUACUGGAGAUGGAUUCGUACCCGACCUGAAAAGUAAAUUACAUAUAAAAAAGAGCUAGCCCGCCAUUUGGUAUUUUACAAAUAUUCUAAAACUGCUGAAAGUACUAUUUUGAAGUUUAGAAGAACUUUAGAUUAAUAUGUCGUUAACUACAUUUUUAAUGACGUUUUUCAAAAUUUCAAAAGAACUCGAAUCAGACAACGAUAUAAUUUUAUUCGUGUUACUACUACGCCAAUUUUUUUAAGUCACAAAAAUACUCAUAAAAGUAGUCUUUUUUCAGAAAACGAGAAUAUAGCAGUGGUGUAAAUUUUGUUGUUGUUGUUGUUUUCUUUUUACGGGAAAAUGGUAAAAUAUCACACACACACACACACACACACACACACACAUGUUAACUGCUUUUGCGACUGAGCACGGUAAGGAGGUUUGUUUUUGCUGUUUAU